AUGGGGUGCAUCUGCAGUUAUGGACCAAACAAACAAGGAGGGAAAGAUCCAACUGAUGGGGAUAAAAAUGCAAAGAUAAGACCACUUCCUGAACCUACUGAUGGCAAAACUGUUGAUCCUACCUAUCUGAAAAAGGAAGUUGUUGCAUUCACUGCCAAACUGAACAUUGCACACAGCACCCCAUAUCACCAAGGUGCCCUAAAACUGGUUGAUGUAGUGACCAAUGAAGGGAAUGGCUACAGUCCAGAGACAGGGCAUUUUGUGUGCCCGCUGAAAGGCCUGUAUUUCUUUACUGUGCACAUGUCGGUGGCAGGACGGGCCCACUGUGAAAUCUACAAAAACGGAGAGAGUGUGACUACAUUGUAUGAUACGAGCCACCCCCACGACUGCUCUCAGGUGGCCACCAUCAGUACUAUUGUGGAGUUAAAGGAGAAAGAUAAAGUGUGGGUCAAUCUGUGGGGCCAUGGAAGACAUGAGAUCAUUGCCACUGAGGACAAUGAUACAGUGUUUGUUGGCUUCUAUUUAGGAUACAUUCUUCUACUGGACAUCCACAGGUACAUAAGGCCAGACAUUCCCACUGCCAUGGACCUUGAAGACUACUUCUCUACCGGAAGAGUUGCGUUCACAGCCAAAUUGUGCACAGAUCACAGCCGCCCAAAAAACCCAGGGCCAAUGAAAUUCAGCAUGGUGCAACUGAACGAGGGAAGCAGCUUCAAUGGAGAGAGUGGUGUCUUCACCUGUCCACGAGAUGGUGUCUACUAUUUUGCUGUCAAUGCAUCAAUCUAUGGACGUGGGCACUGCGCUAUUUAUAAGAACGGAGAAAAAGUUGCGUCCCUUUAUCAUGCCAACUCCGGGGACGACAGGUGCACUCAGGUGGCCUCCAUGAGCAGUGUGCUGAAGUUGGCUAAGAAAGACGAAGUGUGGAUCCAGGUCUUUGGGAGCAGAUAUGACAUUCUGGCAACUGAAGACAAUGAUACUGUCUUUACUGGCUUUCUUUUAGGGUAA